AACCAGCACAGUGUCCACAGGUUCACAUUUCACAUCUCAGUUAAAAAGGAAACCUGUUGGCUCACACAGCUCUAGAACGACUCACGUCCACUGAGCUGGGAAGCAGUAACACACAUCUCCGUGGGCACUGAACGGAGAGCAGAGGAGGUUAUUCGCCUAUAAGGACAACAGAUUAACAAUGGAGCCAUCAAAAGAAUAUGUUUUUAAAUACAAAGGGUUUUAUUUUGGUGCAAAUACUUCACCUGAGUACGUAGCUUCCCUAGAGGAUUUUGAAAUCAAAGAUAGUGACAUAUUUCUAACUACUUACCCCAAAUCAGGAACUGUGUGGACUCAGAACAUUUUGAGCUUAAUAAUUCAUGAAGGCCACCGUAAUGGAACAGAAAAUAUGGAGACCAUGGAGAGAAUCCCAUGGCUGGAAUACAAUGUAAAAAAUAAGGAUUAUGCAGAUCUUCCUUUGCCUCGUGUUUUUGCCACCCACCUGCCUUACUACUUAGUUCCAAGAGACCUGAGAAACAAAAGAGCACGUGUUAUUUAUGUUUCCAGGAACCCUAAGGAUGUUAUGGUUUCUUACUACCACUUCUCCAAAUACAUGUCCGCAGUAGAGGAAGUAGCAGAUUUUAACCUUUUCAUGGAGAGAUUUUUAGCUGGCAAAGUCCUUGGCAGUUCAUGGCUGGAUCACGUUGCAGGCUGGUACAGUCAUGCAGAGGAUUUCAAUAUACUCUUCCUUACCUAUGAAGAAAUGAAAAAGGAUCUCAGAAGUGCUGUGCUGAAGAUCUGCAACUUCCUAGGCAAGAAGCUGAGCGAAGAGGAAGUGGACAGCGUUGUGAGACAGGCUACCUUUGAGAACAUGAGAAAAGAUCCCAGAGCAAACUAUGAGAACCUGCCAGAUGACCUUGUAGCAAAAGACAAGGGCAGUUUUCUACGAAAAGGCACUGUUGGAGACUGGAAAAACAUCAUGACAGUGGCACAGAGUGAAAGGUUUGAUCAAGUUCUGAAAGAGAAAAUGAAGAUCCUGCCCAUCAAAUUCAUCUGGGAUAUUAACGAUGAAAUGUAGGCUGCUUUUGAGUUUCAUCAUCUUUUGGUGUUUAUACUGGGCGGACAUAUCUGAAGUUCUGGAAGAAGAAAAUACAUAUCUGAAGUUUUGGAAGAAGAAAAUACAUCCACUUUCAGCUCUGUUAUAGAAAUAAUAACAAUGACAACUCAGUCAGCAAAAAUUGAGUUGUCCGUGGAAGCUACUCAAUUCCACCAGUUUCUGUUUGCAAUUUUACAAGGUAGUUUAAUUAACUUUCUUAGUAAACCGACUUACGUUCUUCAUGUUUGCUUUUACUUUCAUUGGCUAUAAUAGUACCAGAGUCAUAGACAACCAAGUGAGGAUAGAUUGGUGCCGAUAAAAUCUUUCUGAAAAAUAUCUUACUUUUUCAUGAGGCUUUUUUUUGGUAGAACCUUCAAUGUCCAGACUGGAAGUAAGAUUGACCAGCUGUGGUAUGGUUACGCUUUAGAAUCAUAGAAUUGCCUAGGUUGGAAGGGACCUUUCAGAUCAUCGUGUCCAACCAUCAACCUAACUGACAAAAAACAUCACUAAACCAUGUUGCUAAGCAACGCUUGUAUCCCUCUUUUAAAUACCUCCAGGGAUGACAAUUCUGCCACUUCCCUGGGCAGCCUGUUCCAAUGCUUGAAUACCCUUUCUGUGAAUAAUUUUUCCUAAUAUCCAGUCUAUACCUCCCCUAGUACUUGAGGCCAUUUCCUCUUGUCCUAUCACUUGUUGCGUGGGAGGAGAGACCAAUCCCCACCUCACUACAACCUCCUUUCAGGUAGUUGUAGAGAGUGAUAUGGUCUCCCCUCAGCCUCCUUUUCUACAGGCUAAAGAACUCCAGCUCCUUCAGCUGCUCAUCACAAGACUUGUUCUCCAGACCCCUCACCAGCUUUGUUGCCCUUCUCUGGACCCACUCCAGAAUCUCAAUGGUUUUUUUGUGGUGAGGGGCCCAAAACUGGACACAGUACUUGAGGUGGGGCCUCACCAGUGCCGAGUACAUGGGGACUACCGCUUCCCAAGUCCUACUCACCACUCUGUUCCUGAUACAGGCCAGGAUGCUGUUGGCCUUCUUGGCCACCUGGGCAAGAUAAUAUCUCACCUUUGAUAUGCUUGAGUUCCUGUUUCCUUCGUGAACACUGAUACUCAACCAUUUGCUAUUAAAGUGACAUU